AGGACAAUAUUUCUAAGCAGUUAGCCACAAUUCCGCGUUCUUUGAAGAUUUGGAGCUCUUCAGAAGGCAGAGCGAUCUGCAGGCGAAUGUAGUCAACUGAAGUUUCGGCCCCAUCAUGGAUCUACGAAGAUGGAGGUUGCUCUGUGUUCUCGCUGUAAAUUUCGUCUUCCAUGGCAUUUGCAACUCGGAGAAAGCUCCGGACUACACGUUCCUUCACGACGCAGAAUCGGCUCCGUCCGUUUCAUUCCAUGACUACAUUGUCAUCGGUGGAGGAACCUCCGGCUGCGCGCUAGCCGCCACGCUCUCCGGGGGAGCAACGGUUCUGGUCCUCGAAAGAGGGGGCUCCCCCUACGGGAACCGCAACAUAGAGGACAUGGCAAAUUUCAACGUGAACCUUGUGGACACCGGUCCGAACUCGCCGUCCCAGCAAUUCGUGUCCGAGGACGGCGUGCUCAACACGCGGGCAAGGGUCCUCGGUGGGGGGAGCGCGCUGAACGCCGGCUUCUAUACGCGUGCGAGCAAGGACUACGUGAAGGAGGCCGGCUGGGACGAGAAGCUGGUGGAGGAGUCGUACGAGUGGGUGGAGAGGAAGGUGGCGUUCCGGCCGCCUGUGCUGGGUUGGCAGUCGGCAGUGAGAGACGGGCUGGUGGAAGCCGGGGUGACGCCAGACCACGGCUUUACGUACGAACAUCUGGUCGGUACUAAAGUUGGAGGCACUAUCUUUAAUAGGAGCGGGCAUAGGCACACGGCGGCCAAUUUGUUGGAAUAUGCUCAGCCCAACAGCAUCGAUGUCCGCUUAUUCGCCACAGUCCAUAAGAUCUUGUUCAGUACGGUCGGGGAAAGAAGGCCAAGAGCAUAUGGAGUGAUCUUCGAAGAUAAAGAGGGGAAAAUGCACGGGGCCUACUUGAGGAAGAAGACGGGGAACGAGAUCAUAGUGUCGGCCGGAGCGAUGGGAAGCCCGCAGGUGCUGAUGCUGAGUGGGAUUGGGCCGGGCCAACAUCUGAAGGACCACGGACUCAAGGUCGUGCUCGACCAGCCCAUGGUCGGACAAGGGAUGGCCGAUAAUCCGAUGAAUGCCCUCUUUGUCCCCUCCAGGAGGCCCGUCGAGAUAUCGCUCAUCCAAGUGGUGGGGAUCACUCGUUUCGGCAGCUACAUUGAGACUUCCAGUGGGUCUGGCUUUGGCAAUCAGAUAGGGCGACCAGGAAUGAUGCCUCCCCCAGUGAGAGGCUUCGUGAACUCGUCUCAGCAGGGUGGAUUCAUCCUUGAGAAGAUAAAGGGACCGAUCUCCAAAGGCCAUCUCGAGCUGCGAACCACCAGCCCCAAACACAACCCCUCCGUCACCUUCAACUACUUCAAACACCCUGAGGACUUGAGGAGGUGCGUCCAGGGCAUGAAGACCAUCAUUGACGUCCUCAACUCUCAAGCGAUGUCCAGUUUCCGCUACGAGGAGUUGCCUGUGGAGACUCUCAUUAGCAUCAUGGUGGCCUCGCCGGUGAACCUGAGGCCCCGCCACCCGACCGCCGCCAUCUCACUGAAGCAGUUUUGUAUCGACACCGUCAUGACCAUUUGGCAUUACCACGGAGGGUGUCAAGUUGGACGCGUGGUCGACCGCGAUUACAAGGUGAUCGGUGUGGAUAGUUUGAGAGUUGUUGAUGGUUCCACGUUCAGUGCUUCUCCGGGGACAAAUCCUCAAGCCACUGUUAUGAUGCUUGGAAGAUACAUGGGACAGAAGAUAUUGCGGGAGAGAGCUUCCAACAAGGUGAAAACCGUGAAAUAGAACCGUGUCCAAUGUUGUUGACUCUUUCGUGAGACGAUUAAAAACGACUUUGUGGGGAGCAUAGCUUACGUACAUAGGGCUCCAGGAAGUUGUGUUCGAUCUACCUUGUCCUUCAUCCAGUGUUCAGAGGAAUAGAACAUCGAGCAAAUAAAAGAGAGGACCUCUUCUUCUAGA